AUGACGUCCUUUCAACCUCUCGGCGCGCUGAGGUCGUUGUCGAAUGAUAGUGAAAAAUUUGGAAAGUCAAAACACAAGGUUGUCAAGCCUAUACUCAAAAAGCUGUCGCAUUCGGAAAAGAACUCGAUAGACCUGGAUCGAGGAUGGGACGAGCAGGAGGUGCCAUAUCGGAGCGAUCCAUGGGGAGCAGGUGACUACGAGGCGGGAGGAAGAACGUCCAAGGACAUAAGUUUUGGCUACUCUGAGGCAUCAGUGGUUGGUGUGAGCGGCGGACGACGCAGCUAUCACCACUCGCGGUCCAUCAGCGGCAACAGUUAUGUUUCGGUUGCGACGUCGGGCAGCGGGAGCGCCCUGGGACUUGGAAUUGGCUCUCGCACUGGCACGACGUUUGUGCACCCAUUCCAGCAGACGCCGCGCACUGCGACCCCUCCUCUGUCGUACGCAAACUCGCUGGUCUCGUUUUCUGCCGACCGUGACUGCUCGCCAACGAUUACAGAGGACGAUGACAGCUACAGCGUCAACAAUCAACCCGCCGCCAGCAAUAUUAGCUUGCGCAACCAGAAAAACAGCACCAGCAAUAGUACUGCUGCUACCCCUACCACCACUACUACUACCACCACCACUGGUAGCAGCAGCAACAACGACAGCACCAGCAAAAGCAAAUCGAGGAGUAGCACAAACAGCAAUGGCAGCUACCAAUCUGCCACCCACCAACAAUCUCGCCCCUCUCUGACAAACCCAAGCACUCAAUCACAACCAAGCCUCAGCGACUCCAGCGCCCGCCCCAGCCGACCAUCGCUGCACAGUCAGCGAACCUCCUCCUACACCGAUACGCCCAAGUCGCAAACGUCACUGCGCAUCAGUACGGGCAUACGAUCCGCAUCGACAACACCGGCACAAUCCUCGCGCCUCGCCAAUGUAUCCAGCCGCUCCGACCUCCAAUCGUAUCUUGCAGAGGAGUCUUCGAGCUCUUCGACAACACGCGCGCCAACCCUCCGUUCCGUUGCAUCCCCGACCAGCCCGAUAGCCUCCAUGUCGCCCUUUUCGAGAACCUCGCUGGACGGCUUCCCUCGCCUGCGGGCCAAGUCCGACCUCGACACAGCAACUCGGGCAGAUCACGUCCGCGAGGCACGCAAGAAGAUACAGGCCAAGCAAAUGGCCAAGGAGGAAAAGUACGCACGCCAGGAGAUUAAGCAGCGAGAGCGUGCCGAUAACAAGCGUGCUCAAGAAGCAGAGAAGCGAGCAGCUGCUCUCCAAAAGGAGAGAGAGGCGGCCAAGCGGCAAGAGGAGAUUGCUGCGCUGGCAGAGGCCAUGCCGCAAAAGACCAAGCACAACAGAAAGAUUAGCAACAAUAGCAGCGGACGACCGAGUACGUCGCAAAGACGACAGACUUUUGAGUCGGAAAAGGGCACGCGCAAUAACUAUAGCGCUACCGAGACAAACAGUACAGCUGCUUUUGACGACGAGACUGGAAAUGCUCGCCACGUCUCAUUCCAGUCGACCAGACGCUCCAAUACCGCCAAGCGGAAAACCCACGGUGCCUGGACUGCUUUCAUUCUCUGGCUUAGAACCCGGCUUCUUCGCAUGAGCAACUAG